UUCUGUGAAUUCAUGUCAUGGGGCAGAGCGGUGCGAGUAGCUCUGUCUUUUUGCUGUUUUCCCAUCAAUGAUGUCAGGUGCCGACAGCACCGUCCCUUAGUGCCGCAGCACAGCGCCUUUUCCUUUCGCAGGGAAGAUGUGUCCCCCCAGAAAGCAGCCCUGCACGGUGGCAGACCAGAGCUCUGCAGCUCGCUGUCGGGCAGGCAUGCUCCAGCCGCCCUCCUGGGGGCCACGCGGGGGUGAAUGCAAUGGUGGGCAGUGCAUGGGGGUGCUGCUGGCUGGGCUUCUCAGCUCCAGUUGUGCAGAGGAAGGCUGUUUGUUUGUCAACGUCUGGAUUACUGUAAUAAAAACUAAGUUUGGGGGUUCAUCAGGGAGAGGCAAGCUUAAACCAAGUCUGAUGGUCUGACUGCUGAAGGGGCACCUCUUGUGCUGCCAGGAAAUCUCUGAAGGAUGGCCACUGACUUUGUUGUCCCAAAGGAAUGAACACCGGAGCCACUCUCCUGGGUAGCCUGAAAAAACACGGAUGUGUGGGGAAUAAAACACAGCCCUGAAAGAAACCACUUCUUGCCAUGAGCCCAUACUGGGGAAUGCUGCUCUCAUCCAAGGAAAUUCCUCCUGCUCAUCCUUGACCUCCCAUGCUGCUGGCUGUGACCCAUGGAAGAUCUCCUCCUCCAGCAGCGUGGCUGUGCUACGCCUGACAUGCAGGAAAAGACCUUGUGAAGAGUUACAGGUCCACGUCAGGAGUUACAGGUCCACCCCGUCCCUGCGUGCUUCUGCCAGCUGUGCCCAGGAGAACCCACGGUGCUGCACACUGUCGCCUCAGCAGCUGGAUGGCUUGGAGCGUAGCCAGGACUGGGCUUUUCUUCCGGGAAAUGUGCUGCUGCUAUAGAUACCUAAGGCAUGAUUUAAAGAUGUUUCAGUUGCACUUAUCUACUCUACAAGGUGUUUUUCAGCUAAUGGCAGAUUCUGUAGCAGUACCUUCAGGUUCCCCCCGUGAUGUGGUGCAGUCUGAGGGUCUCCAAGACCCUUUUGCGUCUCAGCAGGAGAAGAUUCCUCCUUUAUUGCCAUAAUCAAGAUGAUUAGAAGGGGAUGGGGGAGAAAAGUUAUUCAUACACUCUGGUUCUGUUUGGCUUUAAAAUAUAUGAAUUCCUCUCUCCCUAAAUAAUAGGAAGUGACAUUUUCUUCCCUAUUUUAAACUUUCAAGGAGCCAGGGCAUGAGCAGCAUACAGCAUCCUGCUGGGAUGCUGAUUGCAGGAAUUGGUCUAGGUGAUAAUUGUCCAGACUUGAACCCUCUCCUGUGUGAAGACAACAAAGAGAACAGAACGAUAGCUGCACUUGGACGUUUGCUGUUUUUAGCUGGGCUGAAACACGGCACGGGAGGGAGGGCUACGACUUCUCUCUGCCGUGUGCUGCCACGCAGCAUGGUGUGCAGGUAGGAGAUGGAGAAGAAAACUGAGCUGAUGGCAUUGAUGCUAAAGCAUUCUUCAGCCUGGCCUGAAGGGAGAUUUUACAUCCUUGUGUUGCAACCCAGUGACAUAGAAUUUUCCAAGAAAAAACAGACCCGCCUUUUUUAUUAUUACUUUUUUUUCCAGCUGGGACUGUGUGCGGACUUGCAUUUGUUACCUUGUCUGCAAGUGCAAUCUGAGACAAUUGAACCUUCCUAAAUUGUUGCUGAGUCUAUAUGCUGCAUGCCAGCAACAAUUAUAAAUCCUUCCCUGUUGCUGUUACUGCUUGGGGUCUGCCGUUUCUCUCCCAGUUAAAUGUGUUGUAUUUUUGUUGAAUGCCAACAGCACAACACUGAGAAGAGAUAAAUACAACAUGGGCAUAAUGAAUCACGAGCUCUGGUAGCCUCGCCCCAGUCCCAAGAGACUGUCUGGAGCUGGCCAAAGGAGAAAACACAGUGGCCUAACUGUUUUUUUUUACUUCACUUUUGCCUGGAGAGUGCACCCGUGGGAAUGCAGGAAGCAGGAGGCAUCCUGCCCAUGCAAGAAUCCCAGAUGCCAAGAGGAGCAGGAGUGCACAGCGGUGCGCAGGGGCGGAGGCUGGCACCACGCUCGGCAUUGCCAAGGGGCGCGGGCUGCUCCUGCUGCCCAGGGCAGCCUGCCCGGGGUCUGGCACCAGGGUCAUGGAGAGAGCUGUGGCCAGCACAGUGAGUGCCAGGGAACUCGAGUCGGUGACAACAGCCGCCCGUGAAGGCAGCACGUGAAUUGGAGACUACGGGCAGAAGUGUGCACGUGUGGUGCUGUGCAACCCCUGCACUCUGCUCAGGGCAGGUUGGGCUUCAGAACAGACAUCUACAUCCAGGCUGGGGCACAAAAGUUAAACUCUGGCUGGGGAGGAACUGGAGGUGAGCAGCAAGAAGGAUGGCAGAGCUCGGCAACAUGACCUGUGGGGACAGGCUGAAUGAACUGGCGUUGUUCUAUUCAGAACAAGACAAGGGAGAUGAGUUAAACUCUAAAUAUAUAACAGCCUACCACAGAGUACGUCAAUAAACUGUUCUCCGUGCCCACUGAGGACAAGGGAAAAAUUACAACAGCAGAGAUUUUGAAAAGACGGUGAGAGAAACUUUCCAACUGCAGGAUAAUUAAACCCUGGCAAAGAUACAGCUUGCAACAUCUCCAUCAGUGAAUGUUUUUAAGACCAGGUUAGUCAAACCUUUGUCAGGAAUGAUGCUUUGGGGCAAGGAGGAUGGACAAUGUGGAUUUGGGGGACCUUCUGAACUCUCGUGUCAAUUAUUUUCAGUUGGUUUCACUGUACUGAAGUCAGAAGCUUCAGGAGAAAUUUUCUGCUGUUGCACAGAGUAAGGCCAUUCAUGCAGGUCCCCUGUGUGGUUCAAGGAAAGCCAGGCUGAGCAAUGGAGACAGGGACAACUUUUUGUCAUGAAGCUAUUAAAGCUUUAAUCAAAGAGCUAAGGAACUGAAGAUAGGACUGAAUAUUUUUUUCAUGUAAAAACCAAUCAAAGCCACCCUUACAUGUCUCUCAAUAAAGGAGUCCUGUUCUUCCCAAACUUCCAAUAUUAGCAGACAAGGAGCACGAAUGCUCGUCGCUGGAGAGCUGACUGCUUGUCUGCAAUGUGUCUAGCAAGAACCACUACGAUGUGCCCUUCCUUCCCUGCCCAGACAGCUGUAACUCGGUGUGUGCAUGUAGCCAGGGGGCAAAGCUGUGCCAGCCACCGCCAUGAGACCUGUUCCUUUCUGUGCAGCCACCCGGGAGCCUGGCAGCUGAGCCUGGAGGAGGAUCCGUAACACCAGGAUGUGUGUCUUCAUGUGCUGCAGCAGCUACCGGUGCUGGCGGUGGGAUGAGAGUCCCUGAACCGGGCUGGGAUGGGACACAUGCAUGCUGGGACAAAAGCCUUCUUUUUGUGAUGUUCCUCCUUCAGGCUGCACGGCCUUUUAGAGCAGCAGAAAAAGAGGAGUGCUUGUGACUGCAAUGGUCACCCUGCAACCACUUGUUCUUCUGCAGCAUAGGGAAAAGCAUCUCAGACAAAGAAGCUGGAGACAGCAUUGUUCCCUGGAAGGAAGCACAGCCAGAAGGCUAGAAAACUCAACUAGACGUGAGAUCUGGGCAUGAAGAACUGCAUGCACAGCUUGGAUGUGGCAGCAGCUCGCCCGGACCUCACCUGGCCACCCCGCUGUGACUGGAAGGGUUUCACAAAAGCCGCUGUGGACAGCGAAGGAACCUGGAGAUGAAGGACUGAAGACAGCCCCUGUACACACAUGCUCUGGAAGCGUGAUAGCAGCAGGGCUCCCAUCUCUGGAAGCUGCACCCCAGUGCUGCGGGGCACACCGCUCCUGUUACGAGGAAAAAACCCCAAGGAACUGCUUAGAAGUGUUUCUUGAACUCUUCCGUGUGUCACACAGCCGUUGUGUUUUGGUAUAUCCUGCUUUAACUCCUGGCCGAAAAUCUGCCAACAGCCAAAAAUGACUUGAGUUGAAGACCUACUGUUUUGUCCAACAGGACCAGCUUCCUGCUCUGUGUUAGUUGUCCCAUUUGGAUGCAACGUACACUAUGGUUCACAUCAAUGUGUUGAAAAAAAUUAUGUGUGUUCUUGUGGUGAUUCUGAUAGCUCUGACAGUUUGCCUUUGGAAAGAGACAAGAGGAAGCUACUAUGUUCCUUUCAAGACUGAGAAUGAUGAUUCACAGAUUCACAGGACUUCAGAAAAGUGGAACCUACUUAAAUCACAGGACCUUGUCCAUGAAGCAGCUGGUAGAAUGGGUCAGAUGCCUAAAACUUUGCUGAGUAAUGAAAAUAAAGUACAAGGCAGCAUCUCCGGAACAGUGGAAAAGUCCAAGAAAGCAUCAGACUAUGUGAAGGUAUGGGAUAAGGACAGCUCAUCGCGAGAUCUUAUACCCAGGCUGCAGAAGGUCAGAAAAAACUACCUGUCCAUGAACAAGUACAAUGUGACCUACAGUGGGAAGAGGAACACUGCUAAACUCAGCCCAGAGCAGCUGCUGUGCCAGCUACGGGACAGGGUGAAUGUGUCCAUGAUACAUGGAUCAGAUGGUCCAUUUAAUACAUCCGAAUGGCUGCGAUACCUGCCGGAGAAAAGCCUCAACGAAACAGUGGGCCGCCUGGGUCGCUGUGCUGUUGUAUCCUCAGCGGGGUCUCUGAAAUCAUCUCAUUUGGGACCAGAGAUAGAUAGCCAUGAUGCCGUCUUGCGGUUUAAUGGGGCUCCUGUCAAAGGAUUUCAAGAAGACGUGGGGCAAAAGACAACAAUUCGUCUCGUUAACUCCCAGCUUGUCACCGUUGAGCAGCAACAGUUCCUGAGGGAUGCGCUAUAUAACACUGGAAUCUUAAUUAUCUGGGAUCCAGCACCGUAUCAUGCAGAAAUUCAUGAGUGGUACAGAAAACCAGACUACAAGUUUUUUGAAGCCUACAAGUUGUAUCGUAUUAGACAUCCAGAGCAGCCUUUCUAUAUCCUGAAUCCAAAAAUGCAGUGGCAACUCUGGGAUAUUAUUCAGGAGAAUUCUCUGGAGCAUAUUCAGCCUAACCCCCCAUCUUCUGGAACACUUGGCAUUCUGAUCAUGAUGACGCUCUGUGACGAAGUGGACGUGUAUGAAUUUCUCCCUUCCAAACGGCAGACUGACAUUUGCCACUACUACCAGAAGUUUCACGACCGUGCCUGUACCAUGGGAGCUUACCACCCUCUCUUGUUUGAGAAAAACUUGGUGAAGCAUUUAAACCAGGGCACAGAUGAGGACAUUUAUACUCAUGGGAAAGUUACUUUGCCUGGCUUCCGAAACAUACAUUGCUAGCAAAUCAAUUUUUAGUGUGUUUAGAACUUUAUCUUGACUGUUAAAGCACUUUUUAAAUCUGGGUUGUCAGAUUUGUUAAGUCUAAGCACUGGUGUGUUUUGACAGCUCUUCCAUGUUGCAACACUUGCUCUUAGGACUUGGUUGCAUAACUUCUCCAAACCGUAAGGCAGUGCAAUACAUUGUGGUACAUCCACACGGUAUCUGCAUGAGCCACUGCAAUAAAUUUACUCCUUGUGGAGCAAGGCUCAUGCGGCUGGUGGAUAUCCCUGUCUUCAUCUCAGCUGCUGAUGGUGUGUGGGAAACACAGAAGAUGCUUUCUAAGCAGAGAUUGCACAAGUCUGGAUUAAAUGCUGAUAAAGUUUAGGUUGCUUCAAAGGGAUUAUGACAGCUGGAAACCUGGUCCAUUGAGAAACAAGAAACUUACUUUAAAACUCGUUCCCAUCAUCCUAGAGCUCCUGGGAGCAGGGCUGAUUUAUGGAAAUACUGUCAAAGCUGGGUAUUGAUAAGCUAAAAUCUUAGUCCAAAAUAUUUGAUUUUACAAACAGUUAAAAUAACCAUGGCAACUUCCUUUCAAACUGUAAGACUUUUGAAAUCAUUCAGGUGGCAUUUUUGGCAAAUGAAGAGGGAGGCGACUCACGAUUCAGUGAUUUGUGCAAGAUAUAUUUAGACUUUUUAGCUGUUGAUUUUUUUUAAUCAUUUUACACGUGUUUUUUUAACAUUUACUUCUCCAAUAUAGUGUUGUGCUUGGUACAAAAGAACCCUUAUUUGAAAAUCUUUUUGGGUUGAUGUUCAAAGGCACAAAUGGGGAAACUCACUGGAAGCUGGUACUUCUUUCCAACUCUCUGCUGGUCUACCUUUGUAAUUAUUGGCAAAUUAUUUUCUGGCAUGUUUUCGGUAACAAAAAUGCCACAUAGCUGCUGGCCAGAUGAUAUCCAGUUCUCUGCAAACUAACCAAGGCAAUCUCAUAGUGGUUUUGUGCUUUCUGAAUACAUGGGGAGCAGAUGCAUUGCCUCCAUUCUUCAUCAGCACUGGGGAGGGAGAGUGUGCUCUGCUUCUCAUGCUAAAUCCCAGGCAGAGUUGAGGAGGGCACCUUUUCUCUCCUCUUUAUGAGGCAACUCUCCUGUGGCGUCAUGGUGGAAGUAGCAGCUCCACAAUCUCUGUACUUCAGUGAGAACACAUUCUGUGUCCUUUUCCAUACUAAUGUAUUUCACAAUGUCUGUAAAGAAAGCCUUUUCUUCUCCUAUUUUGAAUAAAUCCUGUGAAGUCGC